AAGUUGCGGAUGCCAUGCAAAUUCGAAAAGUGACCGGCGUGUGUACUAUUUGCACGUGUUUUUAUAUUGAUUGUUGUGCGUUGACAUUGUUGUGAUGCGCUUUUUGCAGUAAAUCUUCAAGUUGUAUGAUAUCCAAAGUUUGUGAAAUAUGCUUGACCAAAUAUAAAUUACAUUGGAUUAUUUAAUAUUUUUUAACUUAUAGAAAGACCUGUGUAUAACCUCUAUAUUUUUUUUGUAUGUUCACCUUGAGGUUGAAAUUUCGUUAUUUGAACAUACGCAAAAUGAGUAUUUUUACCCAAAAUAUAAAUCCUAUUACUGGAAUCACUGCCUGGGAGGAAAAAGAUCCAGAUUAUGACUAUUACCAAGAAAUUGCUCGAUCAGCAUUUGCUGAUAUGUUACAUGAUCAUGAGAGGAAUAUAAAGUAUUAUUUGGGACUAAAAGCUGCUAUUGAGAAGAAGCACAAAGCAGGCGAAGAAGCUAAUGUUUUGGACAUAGGCACAGGUACUGGUUUGUUAUCAAUGAUGGCUGCAGAAUUAGGAGCUGAUAGUAUUAUUGCUUGUGAGACAUUUAAACCAAUCGCUGAAUGUGCCAGAAGCAUAAUAGAGAAGAAUGGUUUCAGAGAUAAAAUCAAAUUAAUUUACAAAAGGUCUACCAAAUUAACUGUUGGAAAAGAUUGCGAUUUACCAAAGAAAGCAAACAUAUUGGUUACCGAAGUAUUUGACACUGAACUUAUAGGAGAAGGUGCUCUUUCUACUUUCAAACAUGCCCAAGAAUGUUUAUUAGAGGAAAAUCCCAUAGUCAUACCAAGUAGCGGAACUAUUUGGGCUCAAGUUGUUGAGAGUCCUUUAGUGAAAGGAUGGAAUAGAGUAAAUUCAAUUAAAAAUCCAAACAAUCAGGGAAUUCUGAUCGAAGCUCCAGAAGUAACACAGUUUUGUUCAGGUGCAUCUGCAGUACAUGAUAUACAGCUGUCACAGUUACCUCAAGGUUCUUUUACUACAUUAAUAGAACCACAACCUAUUUUUAAGUUUGACUGGACUGGACAAGUUCCUUUGAUUUUUAAUGAAAAUACUGUAGUGCCUGUAAAACCUGUUGCCAAAGGAACAGCACAUGCUGUUUUUAUGUGGUGGGAUUUAAAUAUGGAUAUGGAUGGUGAGGUUCUUUUGAGUUGCGCUCCGGUUUGGGCACAUCCAGAUGUACAAACUGAUAUUAAGAAUGGAAAAUCUUUUAAAGAACUGGCUGAUAAAAUUCCUUGGAGAGAUCAUUGGAUGCAAGCCAUUUAUUAUUUGCCAAAUGACUGUUAUGUUACACCUGAAAAAGAAACUUAUCUUGUUGGAUCACAUGAUGAAUAUUCAUUUUGGUUUUCAUUAGACAACAUUCGAAAGGAUAAUACUGAAAGUUUCAAAAGGCCAUCAUGUGAAUGUUGUGUGCAUUUAGCUUUCUCCAGAACGAGAAUUGGACAGUGGAAUGACGAAGAUAGAAAUAAAAAAUAUUUAGAAUCAUUAAGCAAACAAAUAACCCCAGAUACUGUGUGCCUUUGUCUAACUGAUGCCUCACUCUUAGGUCUCGCCAUCGCCAAAUUGGGCGUCAAAAAACUCUAUUUACUAGAAACAAAUUCUUUGUCACGAAAAACGAUAGAAAUGUUUAUAAAUAAGAAUAAUCUUACAAAAGAUGUUAUCAUUAUCGAUUCAGUCGACAAUUUACCACCGAAAGAUGAAGUAACGCUGGUUUUUGCGGAACCUUAUUAUGUCUCGUCGAUUCUUCCAUGGGAUAAUUUCCAUUUCUGGUAUCUUGCUUCUAAGUAUCCCAAAAAUAUUACACGAACGCCUAAACGCGCAGUUAUCAAAGGUGUUGCAAUGGAGUUUAAAGAUCUUCAAAAAAUAAGAGCUCCCUUAGGCAUUUGUGAAGGCUUCAAUAUGACAAUAUUUGACAAUUUGGUACAGUCGUCCAGUGUAAAAUCUGAUAGUCCAGUAGAAGCUCAACCGCUUUGGGAAUAUCCAGGAAAAGCACUUAGUUCGUCAUUUACGAUAGCAAGUUUGGAUUUUACAGAAGACGUGACUAAACAACCGCGAAUCAACUCUUUAAAUGAGAUACCUUUCAUUGUAAACGGAUUGUGUAAUGGUAUUGCAGUUUGGGUAGAAUGGCAUUUGGAUGAUGAUGUAGUUGUAUCAUCUGGACCAACACAAAACAUUAUUCCAGGAGAGAGAAUAUCGUGGGAUUAUUAUACUAGACAAGGUGUUCAUUUACUCCACAAAAUCACAGAAGUCUCUAAUAAAGACGUUCUUAAUUCAUCUUUUAAAUUUGACCCUGAGGAAGGAACAAUGCAGUUUUAUUUUGAAUUGUCGAAAAAAGAUUGCUAGGUAUAACAAAUAUAGAAAAAUAGUACAAAUGUAAUAUUCAUUUUAUUGUCUAUGAAAAAUUUAUGUAUUAUACAAAGGCUAAUUGUUAGGAAUCACUAUAAAUUUUUGUUAUAUAUAUAUACACACUUUGUGUAUAUAUAUAUACACACUUUGAAAUACAUAAUCUUUUAUAAAACGUAAAAGUCUUUGAAAAUAAAACUUGUUUGUAAAUAUUUACAGUAAUAUA